CGUAACAGCGUUGUUUAUUAUUUUUCAGUGAAGCGAAAAGUUGUAAACUAAAAUGGCGUCCAUAGCGAGUCUUGAAUACAUCACAAUUCACGUCUGGGUGAUUCCUUCAAUAGGAAUAGAGUACGAUAUUUGUCACGCCCCUCCGCUGGGAAAACUAAUUUUAUAAACACAAGACAGUGUGCUGCCUGACUGUGGAAAGUUAGUCUUCCCCGGAGAACGCGUYCCUUCAAUUUGAAAGCACACCAGCAACGAUGGCUCGYUUYUUGAGGAUAUUGUACAUCGCCGUCUUCGUAUUUUUCGUKUUUCAACUCCUCGGUUUAUCAAGCUCUCACCCCGUCUUUCGCAGGGCUUCAGAGGAAGGAAAUGCCACAAAAGGCAAUAAAAGCGAGAAGAAAGGCGAAGCUCCUUGCUUGGAAGAGCGUUUGGGAAUGUAUCCUUGCUCCUCAACGAUAACUGGCAAUAUUCUGUUGAUGGUAUUCUAUGGUGCUAUUCUUGGUGUUGCUGCAAAAUGCAUUUCAGAUGGAGCAGAACUUUUGCUUGAUGUAGGAGUUCCAGCAUCAAUUGUUGGUGGUAUCGUUCUACCUCUUCUUGGUGCUGUACCAGACUCAGCCAUUAUUAUUGUGUCUGGUCUUGGUGCAGAUGCYCAGGAAAAGUUGUCUGUGGGCAUGGGUACCUUGGCUGGUAGUACYAUUAUGUUGCUGACUGCUGCAUGGGCUGGUAGUGUACUGAUUGGACGAUGUGACCUGGACAGACAUGGUGAAGCUAUUGAAGGAUCUGGACAUGGAAAAUUCAGCUGUACUAAACAGGGAGUCACUGUUCUUCCAGAUGUUGUUACUGCUGUUAUUAUUAUGUUGGGAACUUCUCUUACAUACUUCAUUGUCCAAGGAGCUGAUUGGCAUUUUGGACCAACAAAUUUUGGACCUCAGCCUGCCUACAUCAGGAAAGCAGCUCUUGCUACCAUGAUAAUCUGCUUCUUCCUGUUUGUGUUUUACCUAGGUUUCUUGGCUUACGACAGCAAAGCAGCUGAAAGAAGAGCUGACAAACAUCGUCAAACACUGAUUCAGCGACGUGUCCUUCAUCGUUUUGUAUUAAUGGCCAACAAAGAGUCYGGCGGUUAUGACAGGAUUGAUGGAGAUGAAGAUGAAAGUGCUAAAGAUGCUAGGGAAGCUCGUAUCCAGCAGAAAUAUUUCACUGCUUGGCAUCUUGGUUCUGGCAUGAAGGCCAAAGAUGAAGGAAAGGAAAGUGAUCCUAUUCUUGGUACUGAUGGAUCUGGAGACGAUGAGAAGGCACCGCUUCACAAAAAAGAAUCCUUCUCAGUGAGUGAUGUGGAGGACGAAGAACCAGAACACGAAGAGAGCAAAACUGUCCUUGGAAUGAAAUCUGCUGGACUUCUUAUUCUUGGAGUAGGACUGGUUACCAUCUUUGCCGAUCCCAUGUGUGAUGUCUUGGUAUCCCUGACUAACAAAUACAACAAAUCGUAUAUCCCCAUCAGUCCAUUCUAUGUGUCUUUCGUGGUUACACCUCUCUGUUCUAACGCAAGUGAGCUUGUUUCAUCGCUCAUCUUUGCUGCCAAGAAGAAGAAGGAAAACGUCUCCAUGACAUUUUCUCAGCUUUAUGGUGCUAGCACAAUGAAUAAUACACUUUGCCUGGGUAUCUUCGCCGCCCUCGUGGUGUUUAGGAACCUCAGAUGGUAUUAUUCUGCAGAGGUAACUGUCAUCGUUCUUGUUCAAUGGAUUGUCGGCCUUGCUGCUCUACGACACACCUAUAAGGUUUGGAUGGGUGGAGCCAUUGGAGCUGUGUACAUCUGCUCUAUUGGAUUUAUCGCCUUGCUAGAAAGCAGUGCCGUUGGUUGGAAGUAAAUAAACCCUGGCCGCCCUUCUCAUUUGCCAUGUUAAAUCAAACGUCUUAUUUUUGAUGAAGACAAUUGCGUCAAAGAGCACGUGCAAUUGAAAAUAACCUACUAGAAUAAUGCAAUAAUUUGAAUAGCUAAUAGUAACUUAGUAAGGUAAUAUUUUCCUUGCGCUUCCCCUCUGUGUAGAAACAUUAACUUAUAGCACAAUAAUAUGAAUCCCCUGUUUUAUCUGGAAAUCUUUGUCGUCAUAUCGGACGUAUUCAAGAAGCACUUUCUCUUAAAAUACGUUUUAGAAAGUUUAAAGUUUGAUAAGUAUAUUCCAAACAUUUUUGACGCAGUAUUGUCGUCCAUAAAAAUACCGUAAGUUAACACUAAACUAUUUUCGCACUUUAAGUGAAAUUAAGGUUAUAUAUACACAAGAUGUAAUCACUAUUUUUGUUUAUUUAUGAAUUGUAUAGAUUAUGGGUCCAUACUCGUGUUUUUGUAUCGUUUUUGUAUGGCUUUCGGUCCUCACGCAAAUGGAGAAAAGAUAAUAAAAAAACGAUGCGAGUACAUAAACAGUAUUGACAUAUAGCAUAGGUAAUUUGUUCAAAAUGGGGCCAUAACUAUUCAUUUUGAUGGAGUAUAGAGCAUUCUAUAUAGAUCACUUAAAGACAUUGGUCUACAUGAGCAAGCCCCGAGAAUGGCGCGUGUAAAGUGCUAUCUGAUUUUGCUUAGAAAGGUCUGCUGCAAUGAUUUUAGAUGAAGGGAAAUUGGAGUAAACCUCGGUCGUAAAGUCCAUUGUUAGUUGUGGGGAUAUUAACGAGUGUCUUUGCUGUAACGAAGGAAAGCACACGACAAGGGCGUCUGUAUUCUGAAAUUCUCCUCUCAGCCAGCAAUUCAUCUGUCCCUUGUGGGGCUACAGCCCUUUUGCUAGCACGCUAUAUAAUGCGGAAUCUGUUGCCGAAAAAAUUGUUAUCCUCGAAUUUUAGUAUCUUCCUUUAUUCUAGACAAUAUACGGGAGAUUUCACGAUCCAGACGCGCUUUUCCAAAGUUUCUCAAGUCUGAAGAACAUAUAUUUUUCGUACGUAAUGAUAUCAUCUGGUUUAUUUCUUAAUUAGAGUAGAAUAGCCAUACGUAACUAUGAUAAAUGUGUGGAGAUAUUUCAUCCAAUGUCAAGUGUAAGGAUCAAAUUAGCCAAUGAUGAGAUGGAUCUAUCAAACAAAUCUGGGAUUAGGUCAUCCAACAUUGAUAAUACGGGUUCUUUUUAGAGUAGAACGAUCCGAUAGUUGGAUGGAAUUAUUAGGUAAGGUUAUUGUAAAUCCCGAAAAUGGGAUAAAUUUAAUAACGAAGAGUUAUGAAAGAAUGGGAAUAAAGUAGAUUCACAAUU